UGAAGUGGGUGUGUCUGAGCCCCGGCUAGUGAAUAGCUCGCCCACCACCCUCCUGGUAGAUGCGGGCUCUAUAGGCUUUUGUCCGCAACCGUCCAUACAUUAUUGUAUAGCAAUGAAAGGAAAAGGCCGCCCCGGAGAGACCCUCCUCCCGGUGUCUGGUUCCUCCCAGGAAGCUGUGACAGUCUUUUCUCAUCAGUGAGCUGUGUGUAUGUGUCUGAUCAGCACCGAGCACACUCACACACACUGCAAGCAUGCCCCAAUUCAAUGCACCCCCCCGUCCUCGCUGAGCAAAGCCGCACACCUUGCCCCCCAGCCGGAAUACACAGCCAGGUGGACUGCCACCCUGCCAGGGGCGCGAUCUGACAGCACCGAGCAGGAAACAUGGCGAGCGACUCCCCGGCUCGCAGCCUGGAUGAGAUAGACCUGUCUGCACUGAGGGAUCCUGCUGGAAUUUUUGAACUGGUUGAACUUGUUGGAAAUGGCACAUAUGGGCAAGUAUAUAAGGGGCGUCAUGUUAAAACAGGGCAGCUGGCGGCCAUCAAGGUCAUGGAUGUCACAGGGGAUGAAGAGGAGGAGAUCAAGCAGGAGAUCAAUAUGCUCAAGAAAUAUUCCCAUCACAGGAACAUUGCCACUUACUAUGGAGCCUUUAUCAAAAAGAAUCCCCCAGGAAUGGAUGACCAGCUUUGGCUGGUGAUGGAAUUUUGUGGCGCUGGAUCUGUGACUGACUUAAUCAAGAACACCAAAGGCAAUACGUUAAAAGAAGAAUGGAUUGCAUACAUCUGUAGAGAGAUCUUGCGGGGCCUGAGUCAUCUACACCAGCACAAGGUGAUUCAUCGAGACAUUAAGGGGCAGAAUGUGUUGCUGACAGAAAAUGCAGAAGUAAAAUUAGUGGAUUUUGGUGUGAGCGCUCAGUUAGACAGGACUGUGGGCCGGAGAAAUACUUUUAUUGGUACACCAUAUUGGAUGGCUCCUGAAGUCAUUGCCUGUGAUGAAAAUCCAGAUGCAACAUACGACUUUAAGAGUGAUUUGUGGUCCUUAGGAAUUACAGCCAUAGAGAUGGCAGAGGGAGCUCCUCCACUGUGUGAUAUGCAUCCCAUGAGAGCCUUGUUCCUAAUCCCUCGGAAUCCAGCUCCUAGAUUGAAAUCGAAGAAAUGGUCCAAAAAGUUUCAGUCAUUCAUUGAAAGCUGCCUAGUGAAGAACCACAGCCAAAGACCCUCAACAGAGCAGCUUAUGAAGCAUCCGUUCAUCAGAGACCAGCCAAAUGAAAGGCAGGUUCGAAUUCAGCUGAAGGACCACAUUGAUCGAACUAAGAAAAAACGUGGGGAGAAAGAUGAAACAGAGUAUGAAUAUAGCGGAAGUGAAGAAGAGGAAGAAGAAAAUGAUUCAGGGGAGCCAAGCUCAAUUUUAAAUCUACCCGGAGAGUCAACGCUAAGACGGGAUUUUUUGAGGCUGCAGUUGGCUAACAAGGAGCGUUCAGAGGCCCUUAGACGUCAGCAACUGGAACAACAGCAACGUGAGAAUGAGGAGCACAAAAGGCAACUUCUGGCUGAGAGGCAGAAACGCAUUGAAGAGCAGAAAGAACAAAGACGACGUUUAGAAGAGCAGCAAAGAAGAGAAAAAGAGGUGAGGAAACAACAGGAAAGAGACCAGCGACGGCGGUAUGAAGAGCAGAUAAGAAGAGAGGAAGAACGGAGAAGAGCAGAGCAUGAGAAGGAAUACAUCAGGCGACAGCUAGAGGAAGAGCAGAGGCAGUUAGAGAUCUUGCAGCAGCAAUUACUGCAGGAACAAGCUCUGCUUCUGGAAUACAAACGUAAACAGCUAGAAGAACAAAGACAAGCGGAAAGAUUGCAAAGGCAACUGCAGCAGGAGCGAGACUAUCUGGUUUCUCUUCAGCAGCAACAACAACAACAACAGCAGCAACAAAGACAGCAAGAACAGAGACCACCAGACAAAAAGCCACUGUAUCACUAUAAGGAGGGGCUGAACCCAACUGAGAAACCAGCUUGGGCAAAAGAGGUUCAACAGCGAUCUCUUAGUAAUUCGCCUGUUCUUCCAGCUAAGCAGCAGCACACUUCUGUUAUCGAGCAGCAGUUGCCCUUGGUAACCAAAGAUGCAUCUACUAGUUGGCAGCCCUCAUCUAGGCCAAAUUCUCAGAAUCUGCAAGCAUCAGAUCGUGUGAAAAUGGACAACUUAGCUCCACCCAUGCUUUUGCCUUCAAUUCAGAUUUCCAAAUCAGGGCCUUGGUCACAAGGAACACAGAGUGAAGUGCAAUCUCUAGAUGAUGAAGUGAGAUUCUUACUCCAAGUGACCUCACAAGAAAAUGAACCAGGGAGAAAAUCAGUUACAUCCCUUAAAGGGUCUCGCUCACAAGGAUGUAGUCCAGCCAGAGAUACAGGAUUGACGAAGGUCGAGGAACGCUCUCGGCUCAACCGUCAGAGCUCCCCUGCAAUGCCACAUAAAGUAGCUAACAGGAUUUCUGACCCUAACCUGCCUCCAAGAUCAGAAUCUUUUAGCAUCAGUGGGGUACAGGCAGCACGGACACCGCCAAUGCACAGGCCGAUAGACCCACAGCAACUUCCAAUGUUGGUGUCCGUGAAAACCCCUGGACCUUCUUUAUCUGCAUCCCAGUCAUUACAUGAGCAGUCUGCAAAAGGAAUGUCUGCAUUCCAGGAAGGGAUCAUAUCUCAUCGACCCGAGAUGCCAAGACAAAACUCUGAUCCAACCUCUGAGAAUCCUCCCCUCCCUCCUCGCAUUGAAAAAUUUGACCGAAGUUCUUGGUUACGUCAAGAGGAAGAUCUUCCACCAAAGGUCCAUAAUCUGGUGCCUCAAAGGACCACUUCCAUUUCCCCUGCACUGGCACGUAAAAAUUGCCCUACCAAUGGCAAUCUGGGAAAUCGACUAAGCACACAGCCCAUAAGAGCAAGUAACCCUGAUCUGAGAAGAACAGAAACCGUCAUAGAAAAUCCAAUCCAAAGGACUAGCAGUGGCAGCUCCUCCAGUUCCAGCACCCCCAGCUCUCAGCCUAGCUCACAAGGUGGAUCACAGCCUGGGUCUCAAGCAGGCUCUAGUGAGCGAAACAGAGUUCGAGCAGGUAAUCAUAAACCUGAAGGAUCUCCAGUGAUGCCUCAUGAUGGACCUAAUAUGAAAGCUGAAGAUAAUAUGACACGGCCAAGUAGACCAGCUAGCUAUAAGAAAGCAAUAGAUGAGGCUGUUAUCACACAGGCAUUGCCCGCGGAUGAUGGAAAGAUCAUGCCGCGGAGGGUGAAAACUAAAAAUAAGACGGGGGAAAUGGACCUGACUGCCUUGGCGAAAGAGUUGAGAGAAUUGCGUAUCGAAGAGACAAACCGACCGAUAAAGAAGGUGACUGACUACUCAUCAUCUAGUGAGGAAUCUGAGAGCAGUGAAGAAGAAGAUGGCGAGAGUGAGAACCAGGAUGGAACUGUGCCAGUUAGCGACAUACCUAGACUUAUACCAACAGGAGGAUCUGGAAACAAUGAGCCAUAUAAUACAGAGACACAGGGUCUUGAAACCUCCCAGUCUGACACAUUUAGAAGCAUCUCCAGAGAAGGAACUUUAAUGGUACGGGAGACAUCUGGAGAUAAAAAACGCUCAGGCCAUGCAGAAAGUAAUGGUUUUGCCGGCCACAUAAAUCUUCCUGACUUAGUCCAGCAGAGCCACUCCCCGGUGGGUACUCCAACCGAGCCUAUAGGGAGAGGUUCACCGCAUGCACAGGAAGUGGAGACUGGGACUGAAUAUGGGGUAGGAAGUACAACAAAAGCCUCUUUUACACCAUUUGUUGAUACAAGAGUUUUCCAGACAUCACCCACUGAUAAUGAUGAUGACGAUGAUGAAGAUGAUGAUGAUGAUGAAGAGUCGUCAGCAACAGCCCUGUUUACUAGCGAGCUGCUUAGACAAGAACAAGCCAAGCUGAAUGAGGCCAGAAAAAUAUCAGUGGUAAACGUGAACCCUACCAAUAUUCGUCCUCACAGCGAUACUCCAGAGAUCCGGAAAUACAAGAAACGCUUUAAUUCUGAGAUACUUUGUGCAGCGUUAUGGGGUGUAAACUUACUAGUGGGCACAGAGAAUGGGCUAAUGUUGUUGGACCGCAGUGGGCAAGGAAAGGUUUACAGCCUUAUCAACAGGAGGAGGUUUCAGCAGAUGGAUGUUCUAGAGGGACUGAAUGUCCUGGUAACCAUAUCAGGGAAAAAGAACAAGCUAAGAGUGUAUUACCUUUCCUGGCUGAGGAACCGGAUAUUGCACAAUGAUCCAGAGGUGGAGAAGAAGCAGGGCUGGAUAACAGUAGGGGAAUUAGAAGGCUGUGUGCAUUAUAAAGUUGUAAAAUAUGAAAGAAUCAAGUUCUUGGUUAUUGCAUUAAAGAGUUCUGUAGAGAUUUAUGCCUGGGCUCCAAAGCCGUACCAUAAGUUUAUGGCUUUUAAGUCCUUUACAGACCUCCAGCAUAGACCAUUGCUCUGUGAUCUCACCGUAGAAGAAGGUCAAAGGUUAAAAGUAAUAUUUGGCUCAAGCACUGGCUUCCAUGUCAUUGAUGUUGAUUCUGGAAAUACAUAUGACAUCUACAUUCCAUCUCAUAUUCAAGGGAACAUUACUCCACAUGCCAUUGUCAUCUUGCCCAAAACAGAUGGCAUGGAAAUGCUUGUGUGCUAUGAGGAUGAAGGGGUGUAUGUUAACACAUAUGGCCGAAUUACUAAAGAUGUGGUGCUUCAGUGGGGUGAAAUGCCCACUUCAGUAGCAUAUAUCCAUUCCAAUCAGAUAAUGGGCUGGGGAGAGAAAGCUAUUGAAAUCCGUUCAGUGGAGACCGGGCACCUGGAUGGAGUAUUCAUGCACAAGAGAGCCCAGAGGUUAAAAUUUUUGUGUGAGAGGAACGAUAAGGUGUUCUUUGCGUCUGUCCGGUCAGGAGGCAGCAGCCAAGUUUUUUUUAUGACAUUGAACAGGAACUCCAUGAUGAACUGGUAACAGAGCUGUCCGAGCAAUUCUAUCCAUGGCAUUAUUUUUAAACUAGGUCUGGUUUUUGUAGACGUGCAUAGCCUCGUGGGAUUUUCUGCUGCUGCCUGACCAGGCUGGGUAUUCUUGUUUAUCAGAUCUGCAGAGUACACAGGACUUUUUAACAGAAGCAUACAAGGAUUCAGCAGCCUUGCUAUAGAGCGAGAGAACAGACUUUGCACUUCAACACUGGGAACUGUGGUUCACAUGUCCACAAACAUCAGCUGUCGGCUUGUUCAUUUUACCUUUUUCAUUGUGUCUUAUUUUGUAAGAAUGGCAAAAAAAAAAAAAAAGUAUUGAGACUUGAGCCAGUUUGUUGAUUCCUGUCUGCCUGCUUUAGCGUUAUAUAUAAAUAUAGAUAUGUUGUAAAAUUACUGAGUAAAAUAAGACAGCACAACAAUGUAACUUUUUUCUGUUUUGCUGAACGCUAAAGCUGUAUAGCUGGGUAAUUGAAGAAUUUAAAAGAAAAAAAACCUUUUUGCCUUCAUCAAACUGAAUGUUGCUUUUUGAUAGCAACAGCCUAAUUCAUUUUUAAUGGAAAGCAAAGUUUCCUCUUCUUUCGGGAAACGUAGUUUAAAUGGCUAAACUAGCCGCCGUCUAAAUAAAUCUUAUGCCAUUACUCGAUCUGUCUGUUCAUAGAGUAAAUCAAUGCUUACACAGCUGUGUGCAUUGGUAUUGUAAUGAGCAGCGAGUGUUAUUUGGCAAAUGGAAAGAGACUCCUGUGCUGUUUUUUUCUUUUUGUAUAUAAUGCAACAGGUCAGGGCAAAAACCAAGAGGUAAUGUCAGUGGAGAGGUUUUCGGGUGACUGUCACCUUUUAAAUUUCAGACAGAUAGCGAAUAGGCAAUAAUAGGACUGUUGCCAAUAUUGUCACAAUGACACUUUCUAGUAUUAACCAAUUAAAAUGUCAGGAGCUUCUGUGAGGCUGUGGCCUACUACUUAAAAAAAGAAAAAAUAAAUAGUUUUUUAACCAAAGGAUGGCAGAAUGAGAGCAACUGCCGCCACGGUUUACGGGCUUCAAGCUUUACUGGCCAACAUUGUAAAGACAGAUUUCUUAGAAUUACCCAACGUACAGUAACAGACCACAUCUGUGCAAAAAAAAAAAAUUAAAAAAAAUUUAAAUAAAAAUAAAAAAAAAUCUACAAAAAAGUGUGUAUGUAGUUCAGGUGAUAAGUCUUUCAACACAAAUGCUCUAAUAAUUUAAUGAUAAAAAUACGUGUAUCAAAGGUUUAUUUUUAAUAGCUACAAGCAUGGCUGGCUGUGAUAAUAGAGUGUUACAUCAAGAAAAGUGUGGCACCUUUUUUUUUUUGUUAUUAAAAAUUUAUUUUAUUUUUUGGUUUACCUACCUCGUUUUGCCUUUCUUUUUGAGCUCUUCAUUGCAGCUUUGUUAUUCCUAUAACAUAAAUCAGAGGUGUGCUAGGAACUGCCAGUGAAAUGCAGUUUGCCUCCUCCUCCUUCAAAACAAAAAACAUUGCAUUCAAAACCGUAUGCCUGCAGACUAUAUAAGAACCACAGAAUUGUUUGCACUUCACUAGGACACUUCACAGGAGAAUAAUGUUGAUCUAGUGACUGUUUGAUUUGGAGGAAAAUUGCUGCACACUCUGUUAUUUACAAUUUGAUUGCAAAUUGUUUUCCUUUAGUGGCUGUGAUUGUACUUUCGCCGGUUGCUUUUACUAUUUUGUUGCUAACUGAUGAACCUUUUAACAGUAAAACAGUCAAAAAAAUACACAGUUGCAAUUCUUUUUUUAUUGUGGGUUUUUUGGGGUACAGUUAUGAAAUAAAAGGGAAUUAUUGUGUUUCA